CACCGCUCUGGAGCUUACCCGCUCAUCCAUUGACUCUCCUCUUCCUCUUACUACCCCCAGAGACGCACGGACGGACGGACGCCACUCGGGAGGAAAAAAAGGUGUUUUUUCCCCCACUUGCUUUUGCCGACUUUUUUUUUUUUCUUCCUAAACACAUUGUUGGAUGCUUCAGCUGCCGGUUUGUGGCUCUCUAUCAUCUGCACUGCAUCGUAAGGCUGCCGGAGCAUCACAUACAUUCCUCCGGACUGGAGUUCACCUCCGCCAGAAGCAGGAUGUGCGACGUCAUGCCGACGUGUCGACUUCAGACCUUGCUGGUCCUCCUAAUGCUUCACACCGUCAGCCAUGGCCUAACUGAUGCUGACACCAUGGUGAACAUGAGGAAGGUGACCCAUCAGACCAUUAGCGAGGAGCUGUCCAAAACAGUUUUGCUCCCGUGCAUCUUCACCCUGCGCCCCGGGGCCGGUUCAUCCCAUGAGCCGCCCCGCAUUAAGUGGUCCAAGGUGUGGGGCCAACGAGGCUCUGACGGCUCGCAGAAGGAGCAGUCGGUCCUGGUGGCCAAAGACAAUGUGGUCAAGGUGAAGAAGGCCUACCAAGGCCGAGUAUCGCUGCCUGGUUACAACAGGAACCGAUACAACGCCAGUCUCGCUCUGACGGGGUUGCGAUCCAGCGACUCUGGUCUGUACCGCUGCGCGGUCGUGGUUGGCAUCAACGACGAGCAAGACAUGGUCCCGUUGCAGGUCACAGGUGUUGUCUUUCAUUACCGCGCUCCUCCUGACCGUUAUGCCUUGUCCUUUGCCGACGCCAAGAGGGUGUGCGUGGAGAACUCGGCAACCAUUGCAACACCCGGGCAGCUGCAAGCCACCUUCAAAGAUGGCUACGAAAACUGUGACGCAGGGUGGCUGUCGGACCAGACCGUACGGUAUCCCAUCCAGUCACCUCGGCCAGGUUGCUAUGGUGAUCGCGACGAUGCCCCUGGAGUCCGCAACUAUGGCAAAAGGUUGCCAGAUGAGCUGUUUGAUGUCUACUGCUUCGCCAAGGAAUUACAAGGUGAAGUCUUCCACUCUGCAGUGGCAGACAAGUUGAACCUGGCCACGGCCUCCACCCACUGUCAGUCUCUGGGGGCCCAGCUUGCCAACGUAGGCCAGCUCUACCUGGCCUGGCAGGCCGGCCUGGACAAGUGCGACCCGGGCUGGCUGGUGGACGGCAGCGUCCGUUACCCCAUCAAUGUCCCGAGGAAGAACUGCGGCGGGGACGAGCCCGGGGUGCGGACGGUCUACAACAACCCCAAUCGGACCGGUUUCCCUGAUACCACGGCCCUGUUUGAUGCUUACUGCUACCAAGCCCACCAACCAGCAGACUUCCAAGCUGCAGAGUCGCUUGCUUUAAUCCGAACCACCAUACCAGCAUCUGCCUCCGACUCCACAGUCACCGACCCUGAGCCAAGUCCCCCUUUCUCUAAGACUUGGGCUCGCCUGGCGGGUUCAGACAAAGCACAAGUCAGCAACUCCUCCGAGAUCUCCGAUGAGCAUAUUGUCAUCCACUUGAGGCCCGAGCAAGGUUGGGGUGACAAACAUGAGGGUGUCAAAACCAGCAGAUCCACCCAGGAGGAGUUUGACGACACAAAAGGCAGCAACGCCCCGGCUGUGUCCGGCCUGGAGAGCCUGGAGAGCCAAGGAGGUUCUGCCCAUGAGGAAGAAGACAGUACUUACUUAGACACUUCAACCGGCAAAAAUGCUCUGGCUGACUUUGUCAACACCCUGAUAAAGCCCUUUAAGUACUGGUCUGGCGGUGAAGACGCGGACGGCCAGGCUGGAAAGGAACCCCCAGUGCUUGGAGGUGAGGGGAUGCUGGAGGAAACACCCAGCAGGAACCAUACAAAAAGCAAGGGCAGCAGUGGCAACACCAUUAUGGCUGCCUUUGCCCCCAAGCCUCUCACCAGUGGAUUACCGAGUCCUGAAGAAGGUCUGUCUGAGCAGGAGAAAGAGGUGGUGUCGCUCAUUCGAUUAGUGCCUGCAGUUCCAAACACAGGGCAAAGUCACCCCACCACUCUGACAACCAAGGAUGACCAAGCCCAAGAAAAAUCAACAGGGCUCACUGCGGUGUCCCCUAAUGGCAAAUCAACCUCCAGUGAGCGGGCCAACUCUACCGGGCCUCCCAAAGAGAGUUGGUCAUGGGUUGUCAAGUCAAUACGUCGCGCCAGACUGGGUUCUCCGAAUGUAGAGCAUGUUGGCAAGGACCGCACUUGGGAGCCUGUGGAAGUGAAAUCGGCACCCCUUGAGGUGAUGACCCUCCCCAACUCUUCAGCACAGGAGACCGUAGAUAACUAUUCUGGUGAUGUAGAUGAGGCAGGUUCUCAAACAACCGUCCAAACUGGACCAGAUCAGGAAAAGGAACUUGAGGGAAGCAGUGAUGCCAGUUUUCCUGGUGCUCUAAAAGUCAGUUUCAGUCCAGAAACACAGUCUUUACGAACAGUGGCUGAACAUGCUGCUUCAUCCCAGUGGCAGCUUGAGGCACAACCAACCACGUCACCUCAAAAAACAGAAACCGCAGAAGAGGCCAGGGGAGAAAUCCUUUAUAUCCACCGCCCCACCGAUAAACUCUCUUCUGCUUCUUCCUUACGAAAAGGAGAAAAUGGCCCGAGUGGUGGAUUCACACCUGUUUUUAGAAAGAACAGAAAAGAUACUGGAAGAAAGUCCGCCCGUGGGGAAGCCAAGGUGGUCACUUCCACACCCGAAGCUUUGGUGGACGUGCUGACAACUACCGAGAUCACCACAGUGGGACUUGUGACCACCCAAGACACCCAAGAGAUCAACCAUGCCACUACGGAAGCCACUAGUAGACCAGAGGACUCGACCAUUUCUAUCUUAUGGAUGGAGAAGACAACGAGCGAUGCUGAGGGCAACUUCUCAACUGUAUCAUCACCAACCAUUCAGCUAACAUCCACUGCGUCCAAUUUCAAGGAUUCUGUGACAGAAAUGGAAUCCAGGUUGGCAGUUUCUGAAUCCUUUGUUUUUGGAAGUCAAUGGACACCUUCCAAAGGCUUGAGUCCAACGUCUGAGGAACACAAGACUUCAGUGGUGACAGACAGCAAAGGAGCAAGAAACCCUUUCGGCAUCCUCGUCCCCAACUGGGCUUUUGGGCUCAUCUCAUCAGUGGAGAAUAACCCGUGCCAGACCAACCCGUGUCUCCACGGAGGGAGCUGCCUGCAGGAGGGUGACGGCUAUAGCUGCUACUGCCCACAGGGCUUCUCUGGAGAGAGCUGCGAGAUCGACAUCGACGACUGCCACUCCAACCCGUGCCAGAAUGGAGGAACUUGCAUCGAUGAGAUCAACUCCUUUGUGUGUCUGUGUCUCCCCAGCUACAGCGGCGCCACCUGCGAGAAAGACACAGAGGGCUGCGAUCAUGCAUGGAGAAAGUUCCAUGGCCACUGCUACAGGUACUUCAGCCGUCGACACACCUGGGAGGACGCGGAGAAAGACUGCAGGGAGCACAGCGGCCACCUGGCGAGCAUCCACAGCCCGGCUGAGCAGAACUUCAUCAGAGGUAUAAGUCACGACAACACCUGGAUCGGCCUAAAUGACCGCACAGUGGAGGACGACUUUCAGUGGACCGACAAGAUGGACGUGCAAUACGAAAACUGGCGAUCCAACCAGCCCGACAACUUCUUUGCGGGAGGAGAAGACUGCGUGGUCAUGAUCUCUCACGAGAACGGCAAAUGGAACGACGUGCCGUGCAACUACAACCUGCCUUACGUGUGCAAAAAGGGCACAGUGCUGUGCGGCGCCCCUCCUCAAGUGGACAACGCCUUCCUGAUCGGUCGCAAGCGUACCCACUACGACAUUCACUCCACGGUGCGCUACCAGUGUGCCAACGGCUUCCAGCAGCGCCACAUACCCACGGCGAAGUGUCGCGCCAACGGCAAGUGGGACAAGCCGAAAAUCAUCUGCACAAAGUCUCGACGGGCCCACCGGUACCGGCGCCACCACCACCGGAACCAGCACCAGCACCAGCACCAGCACAAGGGCAGACGGGAGCGCAGGAAGCACAAGCGACACGGCGGUCACCACCACGACCAAAACCAAGGCCAAGUCUGAACCAAAACAAGAUCGCCUCCCUUUCCCUCCUGUUCCUCUUUUCCUAUUUAUUACUCCUCCCACCUUUCCCUUAUAACCGUGUCCUACCUUUUGGCUCCGCCCCCUUGUAUCAUAGUCAAUUCCGAGGCCUGCCAAACUGUUGCCAGGCACCACCGGGACAAUAGAAAUCCCUUUGUAUCUCUUUUUACUUUCAUUUUCUUGUCUUGUGUCUUGACCCCAACUUCCGAAAAUGACUCUUGUUUUUAAAAACUUUUUGUUUCCGGGCUUUGACGGAGAAGGUUCUAGUUUUAUUGUUUGCCGUUGUUCUUGUCUUGUGUACUUUUACUUCUCGUUUAGGUCCGCCGUUCAGAACUGGCUUUGUUUGUUUCCAUUUUGCAGCGUAAACAACACUUAAUCACCUCAGCCUGUAAGAAGCUCCCACUGGCAGGAAGCAAUAACCAGAUUGAGACGUGUGGAAUAUUCCCACCCUGACAAAGUGUCCACAAGUCAGCAGUUCCCCACUGAACCGUGGAUGGCUGGAAAAGUGUGUGUUACUUUUUGCUGACAUCAUUGUAUCAUUUGCUCAUAAUAUAAUACAAGUCAUUUUCUUUC